AUGGCCUCUGGGACAGAGUUCCGGCAGGAUAUGCCUCCGAAAGGAGGAUAUCGCGCCUUCAACUUCCAUCGCACUUUCCCGAAACUUGUCUGGAGCCGUGAGUUGUUUUCGACAGUUGAAUUUGUAUGAAAAAAUGUAUAAUAACAAUCAAGCUCAAAUUUCUCGUCACUUUCUGCUAAUUUUCGACGAAAAAGGGUUUUCUGCGAAUUUUUUUGUGGAAUCAUGGCAAAAUUAUUUGUUUGCAGUAAACCUGAACUUAAGAAAUUAGAAUUCAUAGAAAAGUUUUAUUUUACCAUGAAAAAUCACAAUUUUCUUUAAAUUAUUCACUUUUCACCUCGACAAUUGCAGCGGGAACCGUGGUCGCCGCGAUUUUCGGAGCCACCGCCUACGGAGUCUACACGGCGUUGGACUACAAAAAGAGGGUCAUGUAAGUGAAAAAUGACCGAAAAUUUCUCAAAAAUUUCGUUUUCAGCACCGAUAAGUUUGAGGACGUCGACGUCAACAACGCCAUGGAGCCGUUCCUCACUGCCGAGAGAGACAGAUAGUAAGGAAAACGGAAAACUUAGCUGAAAAUGGGUGAAAAAUUGCAGUUGGCUCAAAUUGAUGGCCAAGAACCGCGCUCUCGAGGAGGAGAUUAUGAAGGACGUGCCAGGAUGGAAAACAGGUGAGCAAAAAAGGGAAACAUUCAAAUUUGAAUCGGAAAAUUGCAGGAACCUGGUACGGAGAGCCGGUGUACUUCACUCUCGGCGACAAAUGGUGGGAUCCGACCGCCACCGAGGUGAUUUUUCCACGUUUUUUCGUGUUCUGCAUCUAAAAUCGUUGUUUCAGGUGUUCGCCCACUCGUGGGGCAACGUGGAGGCCCGUGAGCACACGUGGCGCCAACAUUCGGAGUACGCCGGUCCGAAAUUCUACGACAAUUGGUUGCCGCAAUCGAUUUCCAAGUGGUUCUGGUAG